UUAUUAGUAUUACUGUUUACAUUUUCAAAAAGCAAUGUAGGCUAGUUCUGCAUGGACUUCGUUACUCGGUUCACUCUGCCUUUCUAACAGCUGAUAGAUGUAGUCAGUCUUUAUGAAGCCAUAUGAAAAGUUGUAACUGUCAAGUGUUAUUAAGUGUGUCAAAUUAUUGUAGGUGUCAAAUGCAAUGUUACACAACAAACGGAGACUUUUGAGACAGAGAGUUUGACACAUAAUCAUUAAGUUGUCGCCACACCGUUGUUCCAUUAUUGUCGGAGCCUACAACGUAAUAAUCGUUAUUCAGGUGAAAUGUUACGCGUAAGCUACUUGAACGCUAUAACAUUAUACAAAUUCAACCUAUGUAUAAAGCACUAUUACUUUUAAAUGUGUCUGGUGGCGUGGGCACUGGUUUCAAAUCUUAUUUUUGAAAGGAAACGAGUUCACUUCCUUCUUUUGUUAUGAGUUUACUAUAAGGGCUGGCCUGGUUAAAUACCGGGCGUGCUGAACACUUUCGCUAUGGUAGCAAACAUGUCCAAGAUAACGAGCGGAAUUCUAAUAAUAGGCUACUUUUCUUAUCUCGAGAACAACCUGAAGUGCGAUGCCAGUGUGGAAAACAACUGUGUGAUCCCUUUAGCGGCGGUCUUCAACAGCGAAUUCAUUUUUUUUAUAAAUCUUGAAGUUGCAACCUUUCUAUGUCUUGGGCCAUGAAGAGGUGGGAGUUGUAAGCUUUCCCUCUUGCGUCUCUUCCAAAUAUUUCAAACAUUCGUUCUUUACUGCGUUGCAUGCGCGCUUGUCUGAAAUCAAUGGAAUUCUCAGAACAUAUUAAAACAGCAAACGUUGAGGAUGUUGUUCUGAAAGCACCUUUCCAUGCGCCGAUGAAAGGAACGCUGUGCGUAACUGGCCAUCACCUACUCUUCUCAGACAGGAGUGGAGACAGCUCCUGGCAACUUCUUUUAUUGCUUAGAAACAUCGACGCCAUCGAGAAAAGUGUGGAGAACCUGCUGGGAUACUCUAGCCAAAGCCUUAACACAGGCUCAAAUUUCAGGGCGGUGGGAUCCUCUGGCACUAUCACCAUUAAGUGUAAGGACUUGUGCAUUCUUCAGCUGGACAUUCCAGGCAUGGAGGAAUGCCUGAACAUUGCCAGCUCCAUUGAAGCUCUCUCUUCAUUGGACAGUGUUACAGAAAUGUACCCAUUCUUCUACAGGCCUUCUUGUCUUAGUCUAGAUGACUCAUGGGGCUUAUCGACUCUCGAGAAGCACUAUGAUCAGUUAGGGGCUCUGCAGGCCAAGUGGAGGCUGAGUAACAUCAACUCUGACUUCUCCAUCUGUCCUUCAUACCCGCCCACUGUUAUAGUGCCUCAGUCUGUAGAUGACCAGAUGCUGGUGAAGGCAGCCCGAUUCAGACAGGGAGGGCGCUUCCCAGUGCUCAGCUACUACCAUCAGAAAAACGGCAUGGUGAUUGUGCGCAGCAGCCAGCCGCUGACGGGAGCCAAUAGGAAACGCUGUAAGGAGGACGAGCUCCUCCUACAGACUGUGAUAGACAGCUCAGAGCGAGGUUACAUCAUAGACACCCGCUCUGCCCAACAAGCCCAUCAGGCCAGGAUGACGGGGGGCGGCUUCGAGUCUAAGUCCUGCUAUAACUCAUGGAAGAGACUCCAUCGCCACAUGGAGAGGGGUAAGGUGCUCCAGGAGAGCCUUAUAAAGCUGGUCGAAGCGUGUGGAGAUCAGUCACACAACAUGGACCGCUGGCUCAGUAAGCUGGAGAACUCUAAGUGGCUCACUCAUAUCCACAGUGCUCUGUCAACAGCAGGCCUAGUGGCCGAGUGUGUGGAGAGGGAUGGUCACUCUGUCCUGGUCCAUGGUUCUGAAGGCACUGAUACCACCCUGUUAGUAUGUACUUUGGCUCAGCUGAUACUGGACCCAGAAACCCGCACCCUGAAAGGGUUCCUGUCUCUGCUGGAGAGGGAAUGGGUACAGGCAGGUCAUCCCUUCCAGCUGCGUUGUGCCCGCUCGGCCUACUCCCAUGCCCGUCUGAAGCAGGAGGCCCCCAUCUUUCUACUGCUGCUGGACUGCGUUUGGCAGCUGGGCCGUCAGUUUCCCCUGGCUCUGGAGCUGGGGGAGCCACUGCUGCUGCGGCUGGCCCAGGAGGCCUAUGCCUCAGACUUUGGGACCUUCCUCUGCAACAACGAGCAGGAACGGUGUGCACUUGGAGCGAAAGACAGAACUCACUGUUUGUUUCAAUUCUUGUUAAAGUCCAGUGAGAGGGAGCAGUACAUAAAUCCUCUGUAUGAGCCAACAGACUUUGCUAUUUGGCCCUCUGUACAACCCCAGUCACUGCACCUCUGGGAAGGAUUGUUUUUAAGGUGGGCAGAUCAUUCCCAGACCAUGGAGGAGGUGCGGGAUCAGAUCUGGAGCAUUGUGACAGAGCACUGUGGUGGGAGCUGAGGCCCAGUAAACAGGCCACCUCAUCACUGCAUCAAGUGCCUUAUGGGUGUCUUUGCUCUAAGAUUAACAGACCCUACAAAGGCGAAUGUGGAGUAAAUGAAAACUGGUAGAGACAUUGAGCUUGAGGCAGAGCUUAGGAUACCCACCUGUUGUUUUGACCCUGUGAAUGUGAGCGUGCAUCCUUGUCAUUGACACAUAAAGGCUACAUUUGCCAAAUUCCUGACAUUUAUAUUUCAUUUACAUGUUUUCGCAAACUGCUGUAAAUCAUUUACAAGUAGCCUACAAUUAAAACAUGUUUUAUUUUUAUAUUUGGUGUGCCAAACAUUUUACUUCUUUUUUAUCCCACUAGAGGUCUCCGUUAUGUAUUUUGUAAAACUUGGAUUGGUGACAAAGGUAAAUUAAAAUUGUUUUUAGUUUA